AUGCUCGCACCAGCCAGGCUCACGAUGCGGCGAGGAGCUCGCAUCGCCAACCCGCGACCGCUCUCGUCGCUCGCUUCUUCGGGUCGACUGCACACGCCUGUCAGCUCCCGAGGGCGCGUGCAGGAGCUCAGCAGGCGUUUCAAUGUCCCUACUACACCCUCCCGACUUUUCAGCGCAACAGCAAAUGCAGCGGGGCAGGUCAAGCCGUUCGUCCUCGCCGACAUUGGAGAGGGAAUCACCGAGUGCGAGAUCGUCAAGUGGCUCGUCAAGGAGGGCGACGUGAUUGAGGAGUUUGACCCCGUCGUCGAGGUCAUGUCCGAUAAGGCGUCUGUGGAGAUCACUUCCCCGUUCUCCGGCACGAUCGCCAGCUUGGCAGGAGCAGCGGGCGACAUGCUCAAGGUCGGAAGUGUGUUGUGCAGAAUUGAGGUAGAGGGCGGUGAGGCAGAGGCCGACGCGGCGCCUGCAGCGGUAGAGUCCGCACCCGAGCUUUCGCCAGCUCCCGAACCGCCAGCGACCACACCCUCCUCCUCCAGCACUCCCUCACCUUCAUCAUCACCCUCGCGAACAUCGGGCGCGGAAGUGCUCGCCACUCCAGCCACUCGAAGGUUCGCCCGCGAGCACAACGUCGACCUGGCUUCGAUUGCUGGCACGGGUCGAGACGGCCGUGUCACGAAGGAGGACAUCUGGAAUUUCGUGUCGGAAGGUGCUUCGGCCGCCUCUUCCGCAGCUCCAGCGUUCGCUCCAGCGCCAACUUCCGCCCCGACAGCUCCCGCUGAAUCGACCACUAUCACGCUCAACUCGACUCGCAAGGCCAUGUACCGCGCCAUGUCAGCGUCGCUCCAGAUCCCGCACUUCUCGUACUCGGACGUCGUCGACGUGACCGAGAUCGAGCGGAUGCGCCUCACGCUCGCAGCCAACAUCCCCCUUCAGUACCGCAAGACGCUCAAGCCGGCAGACGAGGCGACUCUCGCACGACAUGAGCAGUGGUCGGGUGCCGCUCGCGUCGACCCCAACCGCCAGUUUGACCGCAUUACCCUCCUCCCGCUCCUGCUCAAGGCGCUCUCGCUCGCCAUGUCCGAGCACCCCAUCUUCACCUGCACCCUCUCCCCUCCGCCAGCCGCCGGUCCCGCAUCUACCGACCCCUCGCUCGUCCGCCGCCCAACCCACGACAUCUCGGUCGCCCUCUCGAACCCCUCUCCAGCCGGCGGCCUCUUCACGCCCGUCCUCCGCUCCGUCAACUCUUCCUCCGUCUUCGAUCUCGCCUCUCGCCUCGUGCACCUCCAGUCUCUCCUCCCGACGUCCGACAACGGCGCACCCAAGUUCCCUCCGGAAUACCAAGGCGCCGGCACCCUCACCCUCUCGAAUAUUGGCGUCAUUGGUGGACGGACAACGCACCCGGUCGUGCCGCCGACGGGUCAGCUUGCGAUUGGAGCGAUUGGGCGGACGAGGGUCGAACCGCGCUUUGUAGAUGAGGCCAAGGCGAAGCGGGUUGCGAGCGGGUUGGAAGAGGCUGGAGCUGGCGAGUUGAAGGUCGAGCCGCGGCUGGUCAUGGACGUGACUUUCUCGGCGGACCACCGCGUCGUCGAGGGCGUCGAGCUCGCUCGGUUGGUCGAGUCGUGGAAGCGCAUCGUAGAGAACCCCGCUCGGCUCGCUGCAUAG